AUGUCUGCCGGCAGCAGGCCCGCAGGUGAGCUCUGCUCCCCCUACCCCAAACCCUGCCCCACCAUCUUGGGGGAUGACAUGGUGCCCCCCGCCCACCACCAGUGGCCCCCCUCACAGCGCCUCCUCCCCUGUAGCCUCGGGGGCUUGCAGGAGAGGCUGGCCCGUCAGGGCAUGGUUGAUGUCCGCUACAUGAUUGUCAAUGAGAAGGCACCUCUCUCCCGCGCCAUGUUUGGGGAGCUGGAGCGCCAGGUGCCGCCGGGGAUCCCUGUCUACCAGCCGAAGCCAGAGGAGCCCGACGUCUGGCAGGUCCUGGGGGGCGACAAGGAUGACUUCCUUGUCUAUGACCGGUGCAGCCGCCUGGCUUUCCACAUCCAGCUCCCCUACAGCUUCCUCCACUUCCCCUACGUGGAAUCAGCCAUCCGCUUCACCCACAGCAAGGACUUUUGUGGCAACUGCUCCCUCUACCCCAACACCACCCAGGAGGCUAACAGUACCAUGGAGGUCCCCGUAACCCUGAGCCUGCCUCCUGAACAAGAGAGGAAGGAGUCAGAGACCCCUAUCCACCAGCACAACCCCCUCCAUCCUCACCACCAUCAUGAGGUCAGCGGUGAGAGAGCCACCAACACAAGUGGGGACCAUGAACCUGCCACCCAUGCUCACCACCACAGAGACCACAGCCAGCCCCAUCAUGAGGCGAAGAAGCAGAAGGAGGGGAAUGAGCCCUAA